AUGGUCUUCUGGAGGCUGUUGUUGGGCACGCUGCUGAUCUACGCUGUACCGCUGCACGCCCGCAGCAGAGCUUCUCUGUUCGAAUUUGUGGAUCAAGUCACGGAACUGUCGCCUUCGACCUUUUCCGACGUUGCGGCUUCGUCGGUGCCAUGGGUGCUGGAUUGCUACUCUCCUGGGUGUCCUCACUGCGUUAGGUUCGCGCCGACGCAGUAUCCACAUCGAACUAACGAACGUAUCAAAGAAGACGUCUCUGCACUCGUUGACUGCGAGUCACCUGUACGCAACUUGAGGGCUCGUGGGUAAACUGGUGUAAUAUACUACAUAGUUUUGCUCCAUCUUGACACAUUGUACGACAUGUGCGCAAGUGCUGGCGCCGAAGGGACCUGUGGCUCUCUCCCGCCAUCGUCGGAGCUGAUUCAUUCUGGGUUGGGUUGUUAAAGGUUGGGUGGUUCUGUUUCGUUGGGCCUUUGAGCAGUUCAACAACAGCUAGCUAGCUCGCUUUCAGUAGGAGCCAAUUGAAGUAAUCUGAGCACGGCUUAAUCACCUAAUCACAUCCAUUCCCCCCUUGGCUGCGCUGUGCUUGCUGCGUGCUACGCAUGGUAUCCUUAUCCUUGCUCCUUCUCCCCACCGUUGGUACGACGUGCUACUCUACUCUGUAUGCAUAUGC